AUGACAGUGAUUGCAUAUAAUACAUGUCCUCAUGAGACUGCUCCACAUUAUCUAAAAUCCCCUACUAAUAAUAAAAAUAUACCAAAUGGUUGCCCUCAAUGUCAUGGACCGCUAUCUAAAGAUUUCAUUGAUCUCAGUGAACUUGGAAACCCGUCACCAUUUCAUGAUCUGACAAGUGAGGAAAUUAAAGCAAUUUUCAAUUUCAUGUUUACACAACGAAGUCUUAAUUUGACAGUGCAGAGUGAGGCAACUUUGUCUUCAAACUACAUUUACACCAUGGAAUUAAUUCUUCCUAAAAAGAAGAACAUCGAAAGUAAUCCUCAGAGACAAAUUAUACGGAAAGCGUUGGUCACUGUAUUUCAUGGUGGAAAAGUGAGUCCGGUUGUAGCAGAAUACUGUGUACAGCUAGCUCCACGUAUAGGAUUUUGUGGAAUUCCUAGGUAUAUCCCAUUUUCCUUUAGACCUGCCACAUUUCCAGAAAUAUCAGCAGCCAUCAAAGUUCUAAUUGAGAAGACAAAUAGGCUGGCUGGUGAUAUUUUGUUUGAGAGUUUUGAGGGUUCUCUAGUGAACUGUAGUAACAGGUGUCUUGGGUUUCAAAUAAUCAUUCCUUAUGCCGCUAUAAUUUCUGGAAUUCGUGAUAAAGGUUUUCGAGGUUACUGGUUUCCUUUUUUUCAAAGACGACGCCCAAGUACCCUAAAUCCUGUUGAUUUUAUUGUUCUUGUCACCAUAAACGGGACUGGUACACCACAGACUGCAGAUGUGUGGUACAAUGGCCAACUGUUUGAUUCGCUUCAAUCAUUUAGAAAGGCUUGGCUAAAAGGAAUGGUGAAAAAACUUCAUGUGUGUUUCCCUUCAGAUCUACAUCCACCUGAAGUGUUUCCUCCACAUCCUCAAAGACCUCCAACACAAGUAGAACCGGACGGGAAACGUUACUCAAUCAAAGGCCAGUCAGUUCACUACAUGAACUGGGACUUUCAGUUUGGGGUAUCACCUACUCAUGGUCCUCAGCUUUUCCAAAUAAAAUUCAAAAACGAAAUGAUAGUUUAUCAGUUAGGUCUUUCAGAAAUGACAGUUUUCUAUUCGUCAUCGGAACCAUUUGGUAGAUUUGCUAAUUAUUUUGACAGCAUUAGUUUGAUUGGAAACAGAAUUCAGACAUUAGUUCCAGGCGUUGAUUGCCCAUCUCACGCAACUUUUGCCGAUUCAAGGUUUAUGUCGGAAACUUCAGAUAUGCCAGUUAUAAAAAGGAACUCUAUAUGCGUAUUCGAACACAAUACGGGUAUCCCGCUCAGACGACAUUAUGUUGCAGACGACUACCCGUCUGGCUUUUAUGAAGGUGUACCUAACACUGUACUUGUUCUCCGAAUGAUAUCUACUGUUGGAAAUUAUGACUACAUCUAUGACUUUAUGUUCUACAACAAUGGCGCAAUGGAGACUAAAGUAACUACAUCAGGGAUUGUUUCGCCGUCCUACGUCCAAGAUAGCUGUAAGUAUGGCUUCCAGAUAAACACACAAGCUACUGGCAUUCUUCAUCAUCACAUGUUUAAUUUUAAGGUUGAUCUUGACAUCGGAGGCACGAAAAACACCUACUCCACAUACGAUAUACGUGAAGAAAAAGUCCCAAAUCAAUUCUUAAAGGGACGAUAUCCCGAAAAAUGGUUCCAAACUAAAAUUGUAAAAGUAAAUUAUGCCACAGAGAGAGAAGCCGCUUUAAGGUAUAAUUUUAGCCAACCCCGAUAUCAUGUGUUCUACAAUGAAGAUAAAAAGGAUAAGUUUGGGAAUCCUAAAGCAUAUCGGCUUUUAUUAAGAGGAAUGUCCAAGAGUCUGUUCAAAGAAGGCGUAGGGAACGAACCAGGAGCAUCGUGGAUGAGAUAUCAACUGGCAGUCACAAAGAGAAAGGAAACAGAACAAUAUAGUAGCUCUAAAUACGCUACCUUUGAUGGAAAGGACCGGGUUGUAAAUUUUGAAAACUUUAUAGGAGAUGAACCAAUUCUACAAGAGGACCUUGUUGCUUGGGUCACCUUAGGUAUACACCACAUACCCCAUACGUCAGAGACACCCAUUAUGCAAACUGUCGGCGGUGACGUCAGCUUCUUCCUUCUGCCUUUCAAUUAUUUUCCUAAAGAUCCAAGUUUGGGAAUUCGUGACAGCGUUGGAAUUUAUUACAGUGAUCCUAAAGGUCCUCUGAAGGUUCUCUCGAACAUGGAUGGGGUUGACUGUGUACCGAGUCCAAGUUACACAGUGGAGGACCUUGCAGCAAAUCCUGAGGACUUCUUACCUCGACCUAAAUGUGAGAAGUGACCACACAAAAAUGAGACGAA